AUGGCGAAGGUUACCGCGAAGACUUCGGCCGGCAAGGCCGCCGCUAAGGUGUCCAAGAAGGUCAUCAAGGGCUCGCACGGCAAGGUGCUGAAGAUCCGCACCAAGGUGCACUUCUACAAGCCCAAGACGCUGCAGCUGGCCCGCGCCCCGCGCUACGCCCGCAAGUCGGUGCCGUCGCGCAACAAGCUCGACAAGUACCGCAUCAUCAAGGCCCCGCUCACCACCGAGUCGGCCAUGAAGAAGAUCGAGGACAACAACACGCUCGUCUUCCUGGUGGACCUGCUGGCCAACAAGCGCCAGAUCAAGGACGCCGUCAAGCAGCUGUACGACAUCAAGGUCGCCAAGGUCAACACCCUUAUCAGACCCGAUGGCCAGAAGAAGGCUUACGUGCGCCUGACCGCUGACUACGACGCUCUGGACGUGGCCAACCGCAUUGGCGUGAUCUAAGCUGUCUAGCCAUCUAGGUAGUCAAACUUGCUCGGCGUAGCCGUGCUGCGAGGGAUCGCUCUUUGCCAUCUUGAAGAAAUAACAAUACAUGGCCGCUGCACUCUCGCCGAAAGACUGAGGGAGCGGGCCUUCGUAUGCUAAAUGACUUGUU